AUGGGAUCAAACCUGUGUUCAAAGUUACAAGCUUUGUCCUCGAAGAUUAAGCAAGCUUCCUUCAACGGAAAAUGGCGGGAAGUGCUUUCUGGGUAUUCAGAGAUACAGAGAGCUGGGAAUCAAUUUAACGAUCCUUUCGUUUUCCCUAUCGUUUUCAAAGCUUGUGCUAAGCUCUCAUGGCUGUUACAGGGUAAAUGCAUCCACGCGAGUUUAAUCAAGAGAGGUUUUGAGUCUUUUGUUUCUGUUGGGAACUCGAUUGCUGAUUUCUACAUGAAAUGUGGAGACUUGUGCUCCGCGAUGCGAGGAUUCGAUUGUAUGAUUGCGAGAGAUUCAGUGUCUUGGAACGUAAUCGUUUUCGGGCUUCUCGAUCAUGGUUUCGCAGAAGAAGGACUACGGCGGUUUUCGAAGUCGAGAGUUUUGGGUUUUGAGCCUAAUGUUUCGACAUUGGUUCUUGUGAUUCACGCGUGUCGUAGCUUUCGAUCAUACGUCGAUGGAGAGAAGAUUCACAGCUACGUGAUCCGUAGCGGGUUCUGGGGAAUUUCAUCAGUUCAAAACUCGAUCUUGUGUAUCUAUGCAGAGUGUGAUUCUUCAAGCGCACGGAGACUGUUCGACGAAAUGUCUGAGAGAGAUGUUAUUUCAUGGAGUGUUGCGAUCCGAAGCUAUGUGCAAAGUCAAGAGUCUGUUCUUGGAUUGAAGAUGUUUCAAGAGAUGGUUCGCGAGGCGAGAACAGAGCCGGAUUGUAUAACUAUAACAAGUGUUCUCAAGGCUUGUGCGGUUCUUGAGGACGUUGAUGUGGGAAGAUCAGUUCAUGGAUUUUCUAUACGGAAAGGUUUUGAUUUGGAAGAUGUGUUUGUGAGAAACUCACUCAUCGAUAUGUAUUCCAAAGGUUUUGAUGUUGAUUCAGCGUUUAGAGUGUUUGAUGAGACUACUUGUCGAAACACUGUUUCAUGGAAUUCGAUUUUGGCUGGGUUGGUACAUAACCAAAGGUAUGAAGAGGCUCUUAAGAUGUUUCAUUUGAUGAGGUAUGAAGAAGCGAUUGAAGCGGAUGAAGUUAGUUUGGUGACUCUUCUUCAGAUUUGCAAGUUCUUUGAGCAGACAUUGUUUUGUAAGUCAAUACAUGGCGUGAUAAUCCGGCGUGGAUAUGAGCUGAACGAAGUUGCGUUGAGCUCUUUGAUUGAUGCAUAUACAAGCUGCAAUCUUGUUGAUGAUGCAAGAACCGUGUUUGAUUCGAUGACGUACAAGGAUGUGGUGUCAUGCAGCUCAAUGAUCUCUGGUUUAGCGCGUUGUGGCAGACCUAAUGAAGCAAUCUCAAUCUUCAGUCAGAUGAGGGAUAAGGCCAAUGCUAUUAUCGUCAUUCAUCUUCUUGACGCAUGCUCUGUCUCAGCAGACUUGAGAAAAUCCAAAUGGGCACAUGGAAUUGCUCUCAGGAGAGGCUUAGCCACCAAUGACAUCUCAGUUGGUACCUCCGUUGUUGAAGCAUACGCAAAAUGUGGCGCCAUAGAAACUGCGAGAAGAGCCUUCGAUCAAAUCACUACGAAGAAUGUAGUCUCUUGGACUGUGAUCAUUUCAGCAUAUGCUGUUAAUGGUUUACCGGAUAAAGCAUUAGCAUCGUUUGAGGAAAUGAAACGAGAAGGUUACACACCAAACGCUGUGACAUAUCUAGCAGCUUUAUCAGCUUGUAAUCACGGAGGAUUGAUCAGGGAAGGUCUGAUGAUCCUCAAAUCAAUGGUUGAAGAUCACAACAAACCUUCGUUGCAGCAUUACUCUUGCAUUGUAGACAUGCUUAGCCGGGCUGGAGAGCUUGACAAAGCGAUGGAACUAAUCAAGAACCUUCCUGAGGACGUUAAACCCGGGGCUAGUGCUUGGGGAGCGAUUCUCAGCGGUUGCAGGAACCGUUCAAAAAGUGGGAUCGUUACGUUAGAGGCAAUAGCUGAGGUUCUUGAGCUUGAGCCCUUGUGUUCUUCAGGGUAUUUGCUAGCGUCUAGUGUGUUUGCUGCAGAGAAGUCGUGGGAAGAUGUAGCGACAAUGAGGAGGUUGGUGAAGGAGAGAAACGUUCGGGUCGUUGCAGGUUAUAGCAUGGUUCUUGAAGGAACCAAAGCUAGGAGGUUUUUGGCUGGAGAGAAGCCAAAACAGAGUGAUUGCGAGUUAAACGACGUCGUUCAGAGUCUUCAUAGAUGUAUGAGGUUAGACGAUACAAUAAAAUGGAUCUAA